AUGAUAUCUGGGAUGAUGAAAAGAAUUUCCAAAGAAAUAAAUGACGAAAAAAAAUUUUCUAAGGAAGAAAUCAGCUUCUGACAAAAUGAUGAAAAUAAUUAUGCUCAUUUAAUAGGAGCUAUUUCUGGAGUAAAAAAUUCACCUUAUGAGGAUGGAAUAUUUUAUUUAGAAAUCUUAAUUUCUGAAAUGUAUCCUUUCAAGCCACCAAACAUUAAAUUUAUAACAAAAAUUUAUCAUCCUUGAGUAAACGUUAAUGGAUGAAUAUGUUUAGACAUGCUUAGAGAUCAAUGAUCUCCUGCUUAUACAAUUCGAAAAGCUUUAGUUGAAAUUCAAAAUUUGAUGACAAGCUCCGAUAUAAGAGAUCCAUUAAAUACUGAGAUUUUCCACCUAUAUAAAACAGAUAGACCAAAAUAUGAAAGCACAACUAGAGAAUGAACUAAGGCUUAUGCAAUGUAG